CUGAAGUUGUGCUGUUCGACACAUGCACCGAGACGUAACGUCACUCCUGUUUAGGUUCCCGUUUCUCGGUAGGUGCAAAAGUAAAUAUAAUUUCAUUACCUCUGCGACGUUCAGCUUUAAUUUAAGCGUCGCUCUUAAAUGUUUUGGAGUCGGUAGAGUCCGUCUGAAGGGAGAAUAUGUUUCACGUCCUCGUCCCGACGUAGGGGAGCGAGCAGCAGGCUGUAGCUAGCUUGGCGAGCGGAGUGCUCGGGCCUUCCGAAAGUCAAAGAUAAAAAGCAAAUAAAUAAGUUCUGCGACAACAGCCGUCCCACGACUGCAGCGGGAUUUACCCAAAACCUCCGGAUCGAUUAUCGUACAGGAAUUGGAAACGGUAUGUCGAAAAUGCCAACCAAGAAAAAGAGCUGUUUUCAGAUCACAAGUGUGACUCAGGCCCAGGUGGCGGCGGUCGGUGCCGCCGACCGCCCGGAGAGCCUGGACGACCCCGACGAGCCCCGCGCCGGAGAGGGUUCUCCGGAAAUCUUCGAUGUGUCACGGGCCGAUCUCGAAGCUUUCUGUGACAGAAGUUCAUCCGAAGAAGUUCUGAGUAAUGUUGGAGAGCCGGAGGCAGCCUGUGUCAAGGCGCCGUCUCAAGCCGGCCAGCUGUCUGCGAGCAAUCCGUCCGUGGACAGCCGGAAAGUGGGAGUGCCAGCCUCCAGUCACGGUGUUCAGCAGCAGCAGCCGGGGCCUGGAGGUACACCUGUGUCAGCCUUGAUCACACAGGCCGGGACAGUGCAGCAGCAACCGGCGCCAACAGCCACCGGAGGUCCAAGCAGCGUGUCCGUGAACACAUCACAGCCUGCUGCAGCCAGCAGCAGCACAUCUGCUCCUCUACACACCAGCUGCACUUCACGCUUCAGGGUCAUCAAGCUGGAUCACGGUACUGGAGAACCUUUUCGAAGAGGCAGAUGGAUGUGCACGGAGUAUUACGAGAAGGAGUCUGAGAGCUCAGUUAGCAGGACUGAUAGUAUUCGGCAUGCCAGUGCAAACCCGGAUCCCAUCUCAGACAGAGACAGUGGGCUCGGCCUUACAGGAGGAUCGGCGGUAACGUCGGUGACACACUCAGGUCAGAGUUUGGGCUCCAUGCUGGACACAUCGCACUCUUCGUUAUCACAGCAGCAACAGAUGCACCAUCAAAGUUACAGUGGCUGGCAACAGGUUGUGAGCGGGUCCAGCAGCAAGCCUUCAGCUGUCACAGCCCAGCAGCCAACACUGGGAGGUAACCCACCCUCGGGGUCACCCAGCGGCGCUCUAGUUGGACAGAACGGUCUGCAACAUUCUGGUGUCCACAUACACAAGUCCUCUGUUGUGCCCUCUUCAGCUUACCCUUCUUCCCAGCAGCAGCUUCCGUUGGUGCACCAGCAGAACAGCCAGUCCUCUGGGCUGCUACAGAACCAGACAGAGUACUAUCAGCAACAGCAGUCAGGACUUUCCUCUGGUAAGUCCCCUCUGGUGUCCAGCGUCUCUCUGGGCAUGCAGCCUGUGGGGCAAGGACACCCUUCAGCUGUGACCCCUGUUUCUGGAGGGGCUUCCGUGCCAAGUCACAUUGGGGAUCUUACUGGAGCAGGAGGGGGAGCUGCUUCUACUGGACAGAUUGUUCAGCAGAGUGGAGCGAGUGCCGGUUCUGGCUUUUCCACACUGGUUGGAGGCUCCGCUUUGCAGCAUCAGACUGGUAGUCAGUAUACCACCUAUGCACAGCAGCAACCCCACAGCCUCGGGCCUGCAUCCUCCGGUGUCCAAAAUGUGCCUGUGUACACAGUGAGCGCCAGUGUUUCCGCCACUGCACCUACUGCUGUACUUAGUGCCUCCAGUGCAGCCAUGCCAAAUGUGACAGCCUCCAGUUUGCCUCUAGGAGUUUUGGGGGUGCAGGGCCCUCCAGCAGCUGGGCAGGUGGACGAUGGCAGCGGGAGGAAGUCUGUGGGACUGGUCAAUAUGCAUUCCCCUGUCACCUCUGCGAAAGAGUCAGGGAAGUCUCUGUUGCCUGAGAGUCUGCAGCUUUCCAAUCCGACCGUCAGCAGCCUGUUGGGAAUCCACAUACCUGUUGACGGAGAGGAGGACAGGAACCCCUCCCAGGCUUUCUACCAGGCCUUCCAGUCUGGCAGCAGAUUCAGGGACUCAAAGGCCCACAGUGAUAGUGCCUCUGGAGCCAAUGUUGUUGCCAUUGACAAUAAAAUUGAACAGGCCAUGGACCUGGUGAAAAGCCAUCUGAUGUACGCCGUGCGUGAGGAGGUGGAAGUCUUAAAGGAGCAGAUCAAGGAGCUGUGUGAGAGGAACUCUGUGUUGGAGAGGGAGAACGCUGUGUUGAAAUCUCUGGCCAACAGCGAGCAGCUGUCUCAGCUGUCCCCGACGUCGGCUGCCAGCUCGGACACCACGCCUCCCCAGCAAGGACUGAGCCAAGCCCUGGCGCCAACACAGACCCAGCUUCAGCUCCACUUCACACCCCAGCAGCCCCUCGCCCAGCUUCAACUCGACUCCGCUCAGCAAACGCAACCCAGCGUCACCUCCGCAUGAAGUGAGUCUCUGUCUCACUGUCCACAGCACGGGGAGGGGGCGGGGCAAAGCGUCUGAGCAACUUACAGUUUGUGUAUGUGAAACUAAAAACAAUAAGAAAUAAACUGUUUUCUUAGCCACCAGCUUGACCACAAAGUACAGUGUGUGUGCAUGUGUGUGUACGUAUGCGUGUGUGUUAACAAGCAAGCCUGACUGUGAAUUGUUAAAAUGUAUGCAGGUGUGCACCUGUACUGUGGGCCUUUACAGUGUUAAUGCAAUCAUCAUGAGUGUGAGAUAGAGACGGGGUGGGGGGUCGACCUCUUCCUGGACCGGUGGGGGGGUUAAACUGCUGGGCGCACGCUCAUGCACAAGACCCAACCUGAAACGUGUACAAAAUGUUGAGGUCCUGUGAGGAAGAUAUGGGAUUUAUUGUCAGAGAGAGAUUUCUGUCUUUCAGUGAGAUGGCUGUUUGGGUGUUGGGGUAUUUUUUUUUUUUUUUUUUAGCCUUGCUCUUUCAUUUUCUAAAGGAUGAAAUGAGCGUGUUUUCGGAGUGCCACCUCUGCCGUUACUUUACAUCGAUUCUAGCCAUUGCAUCAGUCUUUGAGUUCUGCUAUUCAGUGUUUUUUUUUUUUUAUUACAGGGUUGCUGUUUUCAGAAAUGAACAAUUUCAUAAAACCUGUUUGACAGUAAUCCAGAAACACGAACAUAAUGGAUAAAUGCAGGCCCUUCAGCUUUUACACAUUUUAAUUUCUUUUUCGAAACAAAACAAAAAAAUAUAUAUCAGGCGUCU